ACUAGAGUGCGUGAAGCAGAGCGUAUACUUGUACCUACAAAAUGACUGUGGCCACAGCUGGUAUACAAAAUAUGAAAUUCAACAAAACAGAAUCGGAAUACAACAUGAAAUCCAUACGGUUUCUACUGCUGACUAUCACUACUAUGUUUAUUAUAAUAGCUGGGUUAAUGAUAGUACUGGGUAUCACAGUAUACACCCAUUAUCAUCAUUUCACGUUCUUCUAUGAAGCCGCUAAAAGCGGCAGGUUCCUGACUCCCUCGUUGAUGUGCGUUCUGUUUGGGAUGAUGCUCUUCAUCAUCACACUGUUCGGUUUCUUUGGAAGCUUGAAGCAGAGCACAUGCUUGGUUAAUUUGUAUGCGUUUUUCCUGUUCCUGAUGGUGAUUUUAAAACUGGUCCUUGUAAUAAUGUCGUUCACAUUGAGUGCAGAUAAACUAUUGAAUUAUGUGAGUGUGCCCGUCGAAGAUUACGUCAACGACCCCGAAAUUAAAGUGGAAAUUGAUAUUUUACAAAAUACGCUGAACUGCUGCGGCAGUACAUCCUACCGCGACUAUGCUGGCAUGAACUUCACCAGCGAAGACUCCACUGUUAUAAUAGCCAGCGCUGAUGCCGACUCUGUGGUGGUCCCUGCGACAUGCUGCGUCACCACGGGCGAGGUGUAUUGCACUAGGCUAAGAGCUUCAGGGUGCAAAUCCGCCUUGGUCAACAUGCUUAUACAGAAUUCGAGUGUGAUCGGUGUUUUGGGAGUGUCUGUCACUUUUAUACAGAUCCUCGGUAUCAUCUUUGCGCUUCUCUUAGCUCGCUGCAUCCGAAAAAUGAAAAGCGAAAGGGCUCUAAUGCUAUGGACAAUCAAAGAACAGAUGAUUAUGGCGCGAAAAACGGAGGAGGACAACACUAGUGAUAAUAACACGGUCUUUAUUGCUCAACCUGACUCAAGCACGGCAUAGACCAUAGAUAUUAAAUCAGAAAUAUUUAAAUCACAUUGCACACUUAAAUCCUAGCAAACCUGCAACAGCAGUUACUAAUUAUUAUUAUUAUCCGUUAAUCGACUUAAUCAUGUGGAUUCAUUGUUUUUGUAGAUUCAGUAAUAGAUAUGCCAUUUAGGUAGUUAGUAUAGUAUUAAAUUAUCUGUGUAGAUGAAUGUGGUUUUUAUUCAGGCUGGAUCUUUAAUCAAUUCAUCAUUGUUACUUACCUAUAAACUUGUAUGAUAAUAGCUGGUAUGUUUGAAUGUUUAGUAUAUUAAUACUAUUAUUGUAUUAUAAAUAUAUUUUAUACAACUUUA